CUUACACUGAGCUAACAGGAAGACUGAAUUCACGCUUGAAUACUGCGACUGAAGCCAUUGGAAAAUGUGUAAAGGAUUAGCUGCCUUACCCCAAACCUGCCGGGAAAGGGCGAAGGAGAUCAAGUCGAAAUUGGGCGUUUUACUGCAGAAGCCAGAAAAUGGCAUCGAUCUCAUCAUCCCCUACCCCGAGAAGACUGAAAAGAAGCCGGAGAAGCAGCAGAAGCCUACGCCGGAGGAGGCUGCUCAGUGGCGUGAGAGUCUGGACCGAGUCCUGAACAACAGCUAUGGUCUGGCAGCUUUCCGUAGCUUCCUGCAGUCUGAGUUCAGUGAUGAGAACAUUGAGUUCUGGAUGACCUGCGAGGACUUCAAGAAGAUCAAGAACCCCGUUAAGAUGGCCGCCAAGGCCAAGAAGAUCUAUGAAGACUUCAUCCAGUCUGAGGGACCCAGAGAGGUGAACAUUGAUCACUUCACCAAGGAUGUUACCCUGAGGAACCUGGUUGAUCUCUCCCCUACAACCUUUGACCUGGCCCAGAAGAGGAUCUUUGCCCUGAUGGAGAAAGACUCCUUCGGUCGUUUCCUUCGGUCUGAGCAGUACCAGGAGCUCCUGGUUAACUAAGCCAGUGCACAGUCUGAGGAGCUAGGGUCAGGGAGGUUUCAAACAGCACUCAAUGGUGUUUUAAGCCCCCAACGUCUCCUUCCAGGCAGCGCUGCGACCAUUGACUUCAAGGCACCUAACCC